AAAAUGCUCAAUGCUUCAAUGGGAUUCGAACGUUUCCCACUGCUCGGCUCUCCUAACCUUCAUACAUACACUUUGCAGACACUACAAGGGUGUGAACACAACAGCAGACAGAGUGGGAGGGAAGACACCUAACCAGCACCAUGUUGGAGACAGUCAAGGAGUGGCUGUGGUGGGACCGCUUGUGGCUUCCAGCUAACGUGUCCUGGUCCGAUUUGGAGGACAACCAAGGUCGAGUCUAUGCAAAAGCUUCUCACCUGUACGCCAUUCUACCCUGUGCCCUUUGCCUGCUUGUAAUCAGAUACCUGUUCGAAAGGUAUGUCGCAAGGCCGUUAGCCAAUGUUUGUGGAGUCCGGGAUAGGAUUCGAACCCCAGCAGAACCAAACCCCAUCUUGGAAAAGUAUUUCUGCCACCAGGCCAGCAGUCCUUCACAGGCUGAUGUGAGGUCUCUGUGUAAGAAGACGGGUUGGCCAGAGAGGAGAGUAGAGGUGUGGUUCAGGAGAAGGAGGAACCAGAACCGACCCAGACUUCGAAAGAGGUUCUCUGAAGCCAGCUGGAGAUGUGCAUUUUAUUUUUUCGCGUUUUUUGGAGGAAUCCUAGCUCUCUAUGAUAAACCCUGGGUUUAUAAUUUGAGGGAGAUUUGGGCCGGAUUUCCUAAACAGACCAUGCUGCCAUCGCAAUACUGGUACUACCAGUUGGAAAUGGGCUUCUAUUUUUCUCUGCUGCUUAGUCUGACAUUUGAUGUGAAGCGGAAAGACUUUAAGGAGCAAGUGAUUCAUCAUGUAGCCACACUGACUCUUCUGACAUUUUCCUGGAUUUCAAACUAUAUCCGUAUUGGAACUCUGGUCAUGGCGGUUCAUGACUCUGCUGACAUAUUGCUUGAGGGUGCAAAAGUACUAAACUAUGCUAAAUGGCAGAAGACUGCGAACGGCAUGUUUGUUGUGUUUACAGUUCUCUUUUUCAUUACAAGACUUGGUAUUUUUCCUUUCUGGCUGAUUCACUGCACAUGGGUGUAUCCUCUGGAGCUCUAUCCCCCCUUCUUUGGCUACUACUUCUUCAAUGUCAUGUUGGUGGUGUUAUUAUUACUCCACAUCUACUGGGCUUUUCUGAUAUUGCGAAUGCUUUAUAAGUGCCUCUUCAGCAAGUUGGAAGGUGAUGACAGGAGUGAUGAAGAAGAGGAUGACAGUGACAGCCCGAAGGAAAGAAACCACAAACUUUGUCAUAUGAACGGCUCCAGCGCCAGAGACAGGGCCAAUGGUCACUGACAGAGAGAGAUCCACAAACUGAAACAUGGAUGCAUUUCAUCAGAAAUGCAUCAGACAUAAUCUCCUUGCAUACAAAAAUCAAAAUACACUUGAUCAGAGAAAGUUGUUUUUGAAGGAACUGUGAAGGAUGACACGUGAACUUAUGUGAAGUGGCAUGAUUCCUGACGUUUUAGAUAUUCAGAGCAACAACAACAUAUUUUAUUUUACUGAUAAUCAAUGUACAUGACUCCAUCUGAUGUAUGCAUGUAAAUGUAUGUUCUCCAGGUUAG